CUCGGAGCCGAGCAGCAAGUUCGGGGAUCGGGGCCGGGAGCCGAGUGAGGCCGCAGCCCCGCGGACUGCGGGCGAAACAUCUUGGAAGAUGUAUACAAGUCAUGAAGAUAUCGGGUAUGAUUUUGAAGAUGACCCCAAGGAUAAGAAGACACUUAAGCCCCACCCAGACAUUGACGGCGGGUGGGCUUGGAUGAUGGUCCUUUCCUCUUUCCUUGUGCACAUUCUCAUCAUGGGCUCCCAGAUGGCGCUGGGCGUCCUCAAUGUGGAAUGGCUGGAAGAGUUCCAGCAGAGCCGCGGCCUGACUGCGUGGGUCAGCUCCCUGAGCAUGGGCAUGACCUUGAUUGUGGGACCUUUCAUCGGCUUGUUCAUUAACACCUGCGGGUGCCGCCGGACCGCCAUCAUCGGAGGCCUCGUCAAUUUCCUCGGCUGGGUGUUGAGCGCCUACGCCGAAAACGUGUAUUAUCUCUUUAUUACGUUCGGAGUGGCAGCUGGCCUCGGCAGCGGGAUGGCCUACCUGCCGGCUGUCGUCAUGGUGGGCAGGUAUUUUCAGAAGAGACGAGCCCUGGCCCAGGGCCUCAGCACCACGGGGACGGGAUUUGGCACGUUCCUCAUGACGGUGUUGCUGAAGUACCUGUGCGCAGAGUACGGGUGGCGCAAUGCCAUGAUCAUCCAGGGCGCCGUGUCCUUAAACCUGUGCGUGUGCGGGGCGCUCAUGCGGCCGCUGUCCCCGGGGAAGGACGCCAGCGACCCGGGAGGGAAGUCUGUGAAGUCCACGGGACAGCUGGGUGGAACCGAAGACAAGGACGGUGGGCCCGGGAAUGAGGACGCCCUGUGUGACCUCCAAGCCCCGGAGGGCCAGGGUCAAGGCCGCCAGGGGAAGAACAUGUGCGCUUUCCGGCUGCUGAAGGCCGUGAGCCAGCUGACCCUGAGAGUCAGGAGGGGCUUCGGGGACUGGUACUCGGGCUACUUCGGCACAGCCUCGCUCUUUACUAACCGGAUGUUUGUAGCCUUUAUUUUCUGGGCUCUGUUUGCAUACUGUAGCUUUGUCAUCCCCUUCAUUCACCUCCCAGAAAUAGUCAAUCUGUAUAAUUUAUCGGAGCAAAACGAUGUUUUCCCUCUGACUUCAAUUAUAGCAAUAGUCCAUAUCUUUGGAAAAGUGAUCCUGGGCAUCGUGGCCGACUUACCUUGCAUCAGCGUCUGGAAUGUCUUCCUUCUGGCCAACUUCACCUUCGUCCUCAGUAUUUUUAUUUUGCCACUGAUGCACACGUAUGUUGGCCUGGCUGUCAUCUGCGCGUUGUUAGGGUUUUCCAGUGGUUUCUUCUCCCUGAUGCCCGUGGUGACCGAAGACUUGGUGGGCAUUGAACACCUGGCCAACGCCUACGGCAUCAUCAUCUGUGCUAAUGGCAUCUCUGCGCUGCUGGGGCCGCCUUUUGCAGGGUGGAUCUACGACAUCACACAAAAAUAUGAUUUUUCCUUCUAUAUAUGUGGUUUGCUUUACAUGAUAGGAAUUCUCUUUUUACUCAUUCAACCAUGUAUUCGAAUUAUAGAACAAUCCAGAAGAAAAUACAUGGACAGUGCACAUGUUUAGUGUCAUGUAAUGUUUCGUGUCAGAUUUCAUGGUGGUCCUCAUGCCUACCUCACAUGGGUGCUGUGAGGAGCCUAUGACAUUGUGUGGGAAAGCGCUUUGUACGGUAACUGGCACUGCCAUCUGUAAAUGCCAUUGUUGUUGUUAUGUCAUCUGUAAGCAGCACUGCCUCUCUGUUUGGUGGGAAGCAAUGCUGGAAGGUAUUAAGGACUAUGUAUGUUUUAGAGAUGACAGUG